AUGAAUGCUGGCAGAAGGCAAUGGAGGAAGAACUUUAGGCUCUUAAAGAAAAUGACACAUGGGAUAUUGUUUCAUGUCCUUCAAAUGUCCAUCCAAUUGGAUGUAAAUGGGCUUAUUCAAUUAAACUUCAUUCUGAUGGAACUCUUGAUCGGUACAAAGCUUGGUCUUCAGGAUUCUUCCUCUGUGGAUACUCCAUUAGAAUUGAAUGUAAAGUAUCGCCGGGAGGAAGGCAAUCUUCCAGAUCCAACUAUAUUUUGGCAUUUAUUAGUUGGGAGCUCAAAUUACCUUACUAUUACCAAGCCUGAUAUCACUUUUGCAGUUCCACAAGUUAGUUCAUGCAAGCUCCCUGUCAUCUUCGUUUGUGAUUCUGAUUGGGCGGGAUGUUCUGACACUCGUCGUUCGGUUACUAGUUGGUGCAUGUUUCUUGGAGUGUCUUUGAUAUCUUGGAAAAGAAAAAAGCAAAACCACGUGUCAAAAUCUUCAACAGAGGCUGAAUAUCAAGCAAUGUCUACUGCUUGCUCCGAGAUUGUGUGGCUUCGUGGACUACUUGCUGAGAUUGGAUUUCCUCAAUCUAAUCCUACUACUCCUCUCCAUGCUGACAAUACAAGUGCUAUUCAGAUUGCUACUAAUUUAGUUUAUCAUGAGCGGACCAAACACAUCGAAGUAGACUGUCAUUAUUUACGAGAAGCUGUAGAUAAAGGUGUCAUUACUCUUCCGCACGUGUCCAAUGAUCUUCAAAUAGCUGAUGCAUUUACAAAAUCAAUGGCACGACAACAACAUCAGCUUCUCAUCGGCAAAUUGAUGCUUUUUGAUCUACCAGCAUCAAUUUGA